AUGCCCGCACCGCACCUUCGAAAGCCGCUCGAUAGCCAAAGGGGCGCUGGCGGUGAGAUGUCUAUGAUGUCUUUUGUCCAGCCGGACUGUCCUGCUAGAUUUUCCCACCAGGACGACCACCGCAUCAGGGGUCUUAACGCCGAGGCCAUGGCCCGCGUCUUCCUGCCUCCUCCCGCCUGGCUCCUCAACCUCUCCAUCUACGGCCAGCCUAUUGAUCCCUCCGACUGGACCGAAGAGUGGUUUUUCAUGCAUGCCCGCGUCCACCCCUACGCGCUCGCAUGGGAGGUUGAGCAACGCGACGGCCUCGAGUCUGACACGGGCCGCACCUUUCUCUAUACGAUGCCCGCCCUUGUCGUCCGCGAUCAGGGCUACCAGCCUGUUCUCCCUAGGCUCUUUGCCUCCAUGGGCGACUUCCCCUGCAUCCCGCCUAUUGUUUCCUUUACCGGCCUUAUCGUCGGCACCGGCCACUCCUCGCUGCGGCGGGACCUACUGCCCGGUCUAGGCGCCGCCCAACUUAACUGUUGCGGAUUUGUCCGCCUUUCUACCUAUGUCGCUCCUGGGAUGCCUAAUAAGGUCCCCUUCAAGGGCUUCCACCCGUUCCAGGUCUUCGUUAUCUUCCCUGUUCGCGCUAACCCCUGGGCCAUCUUGUGCAAGGUCGCUGGCCUGCUCCGUCAUGAUGUCAUGCUCUACCCCGGGCUCGGACCGGGACAACGUCUUUAUCGUCGUCCCGGAUUCCUGGACUUUCUCGACAAGGCCGCCGCCGCCGUCACCACGAUGGCACCGCUUCUCUCUACGCCACAGAGGCAACAAGCUUCCUCCGCUUCCGCGGCCUUCCGGGACUCCUCCACCCUUGGCUUCGGCUUCGCCCUCGACCGGCCACCUUACGCCGCCCGGGAAACGAUAUUGCCCUGA